AUGCAGUGCAUUUCUUCCGUCGUCCUGGCUCUGGUCGCCGCUGCCACCCUUGUCGUCGCCGCCCCGGCCCCGGCCCCGAUGCCUGCACCCACGGCUGCUGCCGUGUUCUCGGUUCCCGAGGUAGCAUCCGUGACCUCCACCGUCGCCCAGUCCAUCGCGACCCCGGCUCCGGCCUUCAAGGCCCGCGGGGCCACCGUUGAUUCCUUCGCUGCCAAGUGCACUGUCGGCUCAGACAGUGUUGCCACCUGCACUGGUGCCAUCCAUGCCACCAACGUCUGGGCCGGCACCCUGGAUGCUACUGUUGACUCUUCCACCUCCUAA